ACGUUGUGAAGCCUACAAGUGAAAAAAGGGUUCAAAUGUCCUUCCAAAUGUAAAGAACCCACAUUGCAUCAAUUUUGAAGAUGAUCAACCAAGCUCAUCGCAUGCGACACAAUCUUGUCAAACAUGCCCUGUUCAAUUAAAUGGUACAUCAUGGUUUUAUACCUCCACUAAAUCUAAUAAAGUUAAACAAUAUAUGCUUGCAAAUUUUUUUACUAACAAAUGAUUUGACCCCUCCACCAGACGAGUUUCACCAUCAGAUGCAGUCACAAUGUACUCAUGAUACUCCUCAACCAUAGAGUAGAACAUUGAUAAUUGAAAAAAAAAGGUCAACUGAUAGGGCGUAUUAUGUAAAUUUGACACCCCGAGCAAAGGCAAGCUAAGAUAGCGAAGAUUAAUGCUAACAAAGCAUUGCGACGCAACACUCCAAGCCAAUAUUCCAUUGCAAUGGAGAACCCUGGAUAUGUUGCAUCAAGCAUAUGUCACCAAGGAAGCUUGUAACAAACGGAGAAAGACAUGCAUUGUUAGCCCAUCGUAAUGAAGGGUUCAGAAUUAGACAUCACACAAGAUCAGUCUCAUUAGAAGACUCUUCUGCAAGUGCAGAACUAUCCAAUGGUAUUGACUCCACUAAUCAGCCAAAAUUAGUGUAACAAAUAACAGUGAGAAUCCAAUCUUAAAAAUUUGGUUCAUGUUAUAUAUUCGGUAACAAUGUUUUUUAAAUAGACAAUCUAUGUUUAAUAUAACAAGGUACCAAUGAUGUACAUCCUCCAUCACAAUCAUUCAUCAAUACAGGCACAGCAUGCGCGCCAUGUUUAUGUAUAGUCACCUAUUUCAAUACAGGUGAUGGUGAAGUCAUUUUUGAGGUUGAUACUGAUGUUGAUAGUAUGUUUCAUGUUGUGCAAUUUCUCGUGUAAGUGAGAUGUGAUUCUAAUUUCUACUUCCUCUGUUGUAAAAUAUAAUAACUUUUAUCUAUGUAUCUGCACAAAGAUAUGUUGAGGUACUUAACAGAUUAGUAUGACUACUGGACGUAAGAUAUAUUUUUGUUUUGCACUGAGACCACACAGUUCGAAACACACUGUGAAACUAUGAACAUCACCUUGUCCCUUAGACUUUACUUAUUACACUCUCUUCUAAGUUUAUGGUGUAUUGUUCUUGAUCCACUGAAACAUUGGCUCUUCAUUUUGUACAGUUUGUUAAAUCCUAUGAGACUAAUUGAAAAUCAUAUUGGCUGGGGCAAUGCCCAGAGUUUUGGCUAGCUAACCUCCCACAUAUAUAAAUUAAAGAGAUUAACAUUAAAGACAAGAAGACUAUAAUUCCACUUAAUUAUUUAAAUAAGAGGCAUGUGUAUGGGUGUGUAAAGACGGUUGGGUUAGGUAAGACUGGGUGAGAAAUAAAUGACAAGUGGAUAUAUAGCUAGGAAAAAUAAUACUCUUGAGCCCUCUAAUAUCUUGGAACAUUUUUUUUAAACAUGGUACAGACGCAUACGCGUACAUGGACACCCUACCCUUAUAAUAAGCAUCUUUGGAAGGCUGAGCUAGCACGUCUGGAGAUUGAUGAAGUUACUACUAACGACUCGCUGUUGACGGAACAUCGUUCAUCGCUGAAAGAAUAAUUAGCCGUAAAUACGAGAACAUGUGUCUAGUCUAGGCCUUGAAUCUGGGUGAGCUAGUUUCAUGAUUUCAUCACAAAGAACCUAACCAGUUCAGCUACACUCAUUUCACUUGGAACAAAUUUUGAAUGUCACGAUUUGGGACGGAGGGGAGUAAAUAUUCAGUGGUUACAAAAUUUAGAUAUUUAUUAUAACAAUUAAUUUGAGUUGGAAUAUUGAAAAAGGGUUGUCAAUUUCUUAGUUUACUUUUUUUUUCUUAUAUCUAUUAAUCAUUUCCUCAGCAAAACAAGUAGAAUAUUUGUUAAUUUUUUUAACUUAUACUACACAACGAAUAUGGACCGUUCUUGCUUCUUUUAUAUAUGCAUUUGAGUGAAGUCAUGACAAUUUAACUACUCCAUCUGUUUCUGAAUAUUUGACGCCGUUGACUUUUUAAAAUAUGUUUGACCGUUUAUCUUAUUUAAAAAAUUUAAGUAAUUAUUAAUUUUUUUCCUAUCAUUUGAUUUAUUGUUAAAUAUACUUAUAUGUAUACAUAUAGUUUUACAUAUUUCACAAAAGUUUUUGAAUAAGACGAACGGUCAAACAUGUGCUAAAAAGUAAACGGUGUCAUAUUUAGAAAGGGAGGGAGUAUAAUAUUUUUAUGUGCAUUUCUGUUCAGUAAACUGCAUUUGUACGCUUUGUAAUUAUAAACUUCAAAUUAUGUCUAGUCGCACCGAUAUAUACAACUUCUGUUUAAAAACUUCUGAACGAACAUUACCAGGAGAUCAGCCAGAAAAUGAAGAAUGUUGUCAUCACCAAGUCCUCGCCGGAGCUCGUCGGCCUGUCGACCAAGCCGGCGCCGCCGCCGCCCGGUGACAUCAGCCUCUCCUCCUUCGACGAGGCUCUUGCUUUCGCCGCCUUCACGUCAUUCCACAUCUUCACCAAUGGCAUCGUUGAGCCGGCCAUGGCGAUCAAGAGGGCACUGUCCCAAGCUCUGGUCUACUACUACCCCAUCGCCGGCCGAGCUAAUUUCGCCGCCGGCGAACGGAGGCUCCGCAUCUCCUGCACCGGCGAGGGCGUGGGCUUCGUCGCCGCCACGGCCAGCUGCGCUCUCGACGACGUCAAGCUGUUCGACCCGCCGUUCGCGGCGGUGUUGAAGGAGCUCGCCGUGGACUAUCCGGCGGAGGGAUGCGGCGAGGAUGAUCCGCUGCUGCUCAUGCAGGUGACGGAGUUCGCCUGCGGCGGGUUCGUCGUCGGCGUGACGUGGAACCACGUCGUCGCCGACGGCUUGGGGAUCGCCCAGUUCCUGCAGGCCGUCGGCGACCUCGCGCGCGGGCUGCCCCGGCCGUCGGUGUUCCCGGUGAGCUGCGGCGAUGGCUCCCUCCCGGCGCUGCCGCCGCUGGUCGCCGCCAUCGAGAAGACGAUGCUGAGCCUGGAGACCAAGCGGUUCGCGUACCUCGACAUCACCAUCCCGUCGACCAUGAUCGAACGCGUCAAGGCGGAGUACGCCGCCGCCGCCGGCAACGUGGACUCCGGCGAGCCGUGCACCGUGUUCGAGGCGGUCACCGCCGCGCUGUGGCGGAGCCGCACGCGCGCGGUCAUCUCCUCCGACGACCCCGACGCGCCCGCGCCGCUCGUCUUCGCGGCCAACGCGCGCAAGCACGUCGGCGCCAAGGAGGGCUACUACGGCAACUGCGUCACCUCGCAGGUGGCCGUGCCGACGAGCGACGAGGUGGCGAACGGCGACCUCAAGCACGUCGUCAGGCUGAUCCGGCGAGCCAAGGAGGAGAUACCGUUGCAGUUCAAGAACGCCGGCGGCGGUGGCAUGAACGGGAAACGCGUCAAGCAGCUGGCCGGCGUGCUGUUCGGGUACAGCGCGUUCUACGUGGCGAGCUGGCGGAACAUCGGGUUCGAGGCGCCGGACUUCGGCGGCGGGCGGGCGGCGCGGGUGAUGUGCCACUUCGAGCCGACGGGCGUGCCGAGCUGCGUGGCGUGCCUGCCGCGCGACGGCGGCGGCGCCAGCGUUCUGUCGCUCUGCGUCAGGGACGAGCACGUCGACGCGUUCCUCGCAGAAUUGGCAACUCUCGGCUGAAUAUUUGGGAAAGUUUUCUAAACUCUAUAUUUUUCCCGUCUCUUACUACGUGUGUAUUAUAUUAUAUAUCUAAAUAGUUAUUAAAAAGUUUUAAAAUAUUGAGCAAUAUAUAUAUAAUCUGUCACGCUCAUUGUCACGCUCAUUUCAUAAGUUAUCGAUAUCUAUAAGUUAUAACCAAUGUUCUAAAAGAUAUUUAUAAUUACUACUAGCUCCAUCCGUCCAAAAAUAUAAUAACUUAGUAUAUUAGAACGAAAGGACUAGAAAAUAAUGUCCGUGCACUGCAUCGGCCAGUAUUAGGUAAUUAAAGAUUAACAUCUGUUAGGUCCACCUGCCAGGCAACUUGUUUAGAAUAGCUUAUUUCUUAUAUGCCACUACAACUUCAACUAAAGUUUUUUUAAAAAAUAUAUAUAUAAAAACUUUCCCGUGUACUAAAAUGGGUCCAUCCACAUAACGUAUAUUGCCUACAUAUAUUCACUCGUCCCCAUUUUAAUUUUUUUUUUUGCGCGGAUCGUCCCCAUUUUAAUGAUUGAAUCAUAUACUGUAAUCUUGACGCGUCGAAUGCAAUCAAAAAAGGAAGACAAGAUUCGUGGAAUAAGCCAAACGGCAUAUUCGUAAACGAGAAGUAAUUUGUGAAUACAAACUUUUAUAUACGUGUUCUUAGCGAUCUAAAAGCAAAUGCUGAAAAAUAAAUUUUAAUGAGAAAACCUCAAAAUUUGCUUUAAAUUUAAAGUUGAAAAUUUAAAUUUUAGCUAAUAAGUAUAAGUAUAAGAGAAAAGAUAAUACCAUAGGAAGUCGAUGGUAGAGAGAGAGAGAGCAUGUUCAUCAGGAAACUGAGUAAGACGGUAGCGUAAAAUAAGAGGAGGUGGUUGUUCAAUGGUAGAGGAAGACAGUGACAAUACGAGAAUCUAAGCUAGAGAAGGUGACAGGGAAAGGACGAGAGGUUUAGGGAAGCAAAAUCACGACCAGAUUAGAUUAAACAAAAAGAUUGUAGUAGCGUGUUCGGUGUUCAUGCACGAUGGAUCGAACAGUGGCAGCUACUGUAUUAAUCCAUAAAUCAAUAAAUCACUAGUACUGUUACUUAUUGUCCAUGAUGAUGUGUGCAUCCGAACUGCCGAUUUAUUCUCUGUACAUAUGUAUAUGCAUGGCGUCAUCUAUACCUAGUAGAAAAAAUGACUGUGCAUUAUAACAGGAAGAAAAGAUGAGAAAAUUGAGAAAAAGUUGAGAAAAAUUUACAGUAUGUAAUUAAUUAAAAUACAAAUUUUCUGAAAUACUUGGGUAUUUAAUAAAGUAAACAUGGGAAAUAAAAUGAUAUGGCUAGAUUUAAAUUUUAUUAAGUUCUCCUUAAUUAAUUACACUCUUUGAGUUUUUUUUUGAAAUUUUCAAAGCUUAAUUGCUAAUUUUAAUAAUACAAAUAUCAUUUCAACAUUUAUUUAAAUAAAAUACUUCCUUUCACUCUGGGCCAUUUUUAGCCCAUUUCCUCCCUUAGCCUGCAGCCGAGCUGGCCCGCUUUCCUCCCUUCUCCUCCCCUCCGUCUUACCUCGCAAGCACACAUCCGGCCCAGUAAGUAACCUAAAGUCUAAUUUACCCCCUACUCCUCUUCUCACCACCGUGUGGGCCCCAACCGAAAGUCUAACCUAAUUGCUUUGUGUUGGACCCACCGGCGCACGCGUUGCAUAGCAAAGCAGUGCUUCGGCCCGACACAAGAUUGAUCUGAGCCAUUCGUUUUGAUGGACGGCUCAGAUCAGUUCCGAAUGCAUCAAAACCACCACUGACGUCAAAAAAGACCCUAACCCUAGAUUCACUUUUUCCCACCGCCCGCCACCACUCCCCCUCUACCGCUUCCCCUCCCCUCCCCUCUCACCAUCAGCGGUGCCACUCCCCCUCCACCUCCCCACUGACGGCGCUACUCCCUCUCGCCCUCUCUCUCCCGUCUCGCCGGCACGUCAGGGGUACGGCAGGAACGGUCGUCCCUCCCCCUCUCCCUCUCCCCGUCGGCCUAGAUGGCGAGGGUACGGCGUGGAGACGGUCGUCCCUCCCCCUCUCCCCCUCCCUCUUGGCCUUUGUUUUUGUCCACAUAACCUGGAGCGGUAAAUCUAAUUGGAGAGGCAUCUCCAAUUAGUCUUAACCAGAGAUACCCAUGUACUAGUACUUUAGAAGUUUUAGUUGCUAUUAAUUCAUUGA